AUGGAACAAAAGCGUACAAUUAACCGAGUUCACCAGUCGGGUGGAUUCGACUUAAUAUCUUCACCAACCAUUGUUGGUAAGAGUGAAGUUCGGCAAACAACAUCAACAAUAACUAAUCCAUUAUUUCGUUUCGCUUCUCCAGUUCUACAGCGGCGACGUAUAGAUGAACCAGUAGUAAAAAGUACCAAAACUUAUGAUACAUUACACUUUGAUCAGCAAGAAUUUUGUACGUCUUAUCGUAGGCGCCGUAUACGUAAAGAAGCCAAUUUACUAAAUAAAAAUAGAAAUAAAGUAACUAAUAAUCAAUUAAAAAACGGUUCAACACAAAAAUCUAUUGGAAUAACUCCACCAAAGUUCAAAUCGAUAAUAAGUUCCACAACGAUGACGCAUCCAACAAAAGGACGUGGUCGACCAACAAAACGAUCAAUAGCAGCAGAAAAACUAGUUAAGACAUUCAAUACGUUGACAAAAUUCCAAAUUGAUGCACUAGAAACCACAACAUGGUCGACAAAGUCAUCAUAUAGCACUCCAACUGUAUGGAGUAUCAUGUGCGCAAAACUAACAUUAAAGGAUAAUGAAAAAAAUAAAAAAUGGCUUGCACAUAUUUGGCAAACCAAUAUGUGGAAUGUUGCUGCCGAAACACAAGAAGAUAAUAAUAUGGAAACGUCUGAAUUAGAAGAUAUUGAACCUAAUCCAGACAAAUGGAAUUUGUUUCCAUCUAUUAAUAACACUACCACAUAUGAGUAUUCGGCGAUGAAAGAUAGCCAAGAGCAACAAGAGCACAUAAAUGUUAAAGGUGAUAAAAAGUGUGUACAUAACAUAGCUGAACGUGGUGCAACAUCAUUACCAAUUGAGCAUCGUGAACUCAUUGAUAUGUUACUUGAUCGACCAUCGGUUUCUGGACGAUAUGAAGCCGAUGUUCCAUCGGAUCCAGUAAUAUUAGAAAUUGAUAAAUUGGAUCUUUGUCAUUUUAAAAGAUUACUUGAAGAAUCUAAAAUUAAAAAAGAUAAAACUUCUUCGAAAAAAGAAUCGGCAAAGUCACGUGAUAUGGAAUGGAUCAAUCUUUUUGAAAAAUAUGUAUCACAAAUAAACAGCAGUUGUGUUUUUAUGUACACAUAUCAUCAUUUUUCAACCGCUAAAUCAACAAAAUCAUCAAGUGAAAAACAAUUUAUCAUGAGUGCUAACGCAGCAUGUAAACAUUCUAAAUGUACGUGCUCGUAUCAUGCUGAGGUACAUAGUAAUGGUGAGAUAACUUUUGAAUUCAAAGGAAAAAUAUGUCACAGUCCAUCGGAACAACGAUCUCGUCCUUAUCGUGGUAGCAAUCGUCGUGCUAUUGCAGAAAAAUUAAAUUAUGGAUCAAGUCCUGAUCAAGUGCGACUAAAACAAUUAGGUCUUUUAAGCGAAGAUAAUCGUAAAUUUGGCAAUUUCAAUUUAGUUGGUUCAAGUCCUGAUGUAUUUCGAAAGAUUCAUAGUGAAUCAAAAACUUCAUUAAUGCUUGAUAAAGACUUACCAACUAGUCUGGAAAAAGUUAAAGAAAAAUUAGCUAAAGACGUCCAUCCCGGAAAAGAUAUUCCCGGUUAUCUGCAAACAAUUUCAAUUGAUCCACUUCGUCUUACUCUUUUUACAGUAGCAGGACUGUGUCUAUGGAACUCAGUAGGCAGUAAAGUACCUGUUUCAUGGGAUGCUACAGGAGGGAUAGUUAUGAGUAGAGGAAAACGAAUUUUCUACUAUGAAUUGACGAUUGGUAAUAUUGCCAAUCGAUCAGUAACUAGAAAAAAAUUGUCAGGACCUUCUUUUCCCGUCACUUCAAUGCUAUCAACUGCGCAUACAACGAUGGAUCUUGUUCAAUGGUUACAAGACUUCGAAAAAGGAUAUCGAAAGCUAUAUGGAUUUAAGGCUCUAUUUCCUAAACCACCUAUCGUUCACUCUGAUGGUGCACUAGUUUUUCAGAUGGCUGCUCUUCGUUUCUUCAAUGGUGAUACAACACUUAGUAUAUAUUUAAAACGUUGUUGGACUAUUAUUAAUAAAACAGCGACAAAUGAAGAUUUAACGAAAACUAUAAUUCAUUCAUGUUUAUCUCAUUUUGUUAAAAGUGUCAAACGUCAAGCACUUAAAGAGUAUACAAAAAAGAAGAUAAUUCCAUUUGCACUUUGGAUAAUAUCGUUAUUAGUAAAUUCGAAUACAGUUGAAGAAAUGAGUGGUAUUUGGGAACAUAUAUGUACUGUUCUUCUUAGUCCUACGCAAAAUGCAUCAUAUUCUGUAUCUAUUUCAUGCUUAUCAAAUGCAGCAGAUAACAUCAAUAAAGAUCCGAACAAGAAUAAUUUUGUUAUUAAAAAUGUUAAUGUGGAUUCUGCAGGAGUAUGCCAGUAUCCAACCACAUUUGAUCAAAAUAUUGACGAAACAGAACUUGAUGAUGACAUCGAAAAUACAAUUAGUGAGCAACAUGCUCUAGAAGAAAGUGAUAGCCCAUUCCGUGAUUAUUUUACGAAGAUUUACAAUGAUAAAGUGGAAGAUUGUGGCAGUUUUGCAGGUGCAGAUUCUAAUAAAUUUAUGGAGAAUCCAUAUUAUAAUCCUGUUUACUUAAAACGCAUGCUUACUUUAUACUUAUCUACGGCACCAAUUUGGAGUAAUUUAAUGAUGGGAAAUUUAGCACGGUAUGGUUAUCGAGAUUUGGAACCAAUUGAACAUUGUGGUUGUCAUAACAGCCGAACUACUGGUAUCUCAGAAUCUCGAAUGAAGGUAGUUAAAAAUACUGUUCUGGGUGGUGAAGUAUCUUCACGCAUUGAUCAAGUUGUGCAAAAGCUAGGUUCCAAUAUUCGACAAACUGAACUUAAUUAUUCCAAUCAUUAUGUACUUAAUUUGACUCGAAAUCAAUCUAAACGAGCAAAAAAAAUAUUAGCCGAAGAAUCAUGGAAUAAACGUGGUCCACCACCACCAACAACGACUAGUAUUUAUUCGGAAAAACCGAAGGUAUCUCUUGUUGCUCAAUUGAAAAAAGUACUUAAACGAAAAUCCAAAGCUGAUGAACUAAAUACUGGUAUCUACAAGAAUAGUUUUCAAUCGAAACCUUAUUCAAUGCCUUCUGAACAUCGUUUAUGCUGGCUGAAUUCAUCGAUUCAACUAAUUUUAUCAAAUGAUUUGUUCGUUGAAGCUAUAUCUACAAGUACAUUUUUCAAAUUACCAGCAUACAACACACCUACAAAUCAAAUUUUAAAUGUUUCUAACACACAACAAGAUGAUGAUGAUUUAUUUAGAUUUCAUACAAAACUCGAAAAAAACACCAUUAAUUUUAUAUGCUAUGUAAUAAAAUCGCUGACUACUAAACCUGUCGGAAUAUUUGAUAUGCAUAAAUAUAUUCAAGAUCUUCGUACAGAUGGUCCGAAGAGUUACAUCGUAAGCAAAAACGAAUAUAUACCUGUUAUUCGUCCUAUGGGAGAAUUAACAUGCAUUAAAGAUUAUAUGUCACAAAUUCUUUUGGAUACCAUUGCUUAUUUUACCGAUGCUCAAACAGUUUGUCAUCAUUUAAUUUCUUGCUCACGGUGUCAUAGUAAGAACAUUAUAACAACUGAACGCUUUCUUUUACUACCACUACUCAUAAAUGAUUGUGAAGCCUUAUUAUUACCUAAGAUUGCAUUAAAAAAUUAUUUUCUUACGGAAAAUAAUAAUAAUAGCCAACCGUGCGAUUCAUGUGAUGCCACAUCAGAACAAAAACGCUUUCGUAAACAGAUCGAACAAUUGCCUGAUACAUUAUUUAUAUCAUUUAGUGAACGUAAAAAUAUAAUAACUAGUAAUAAUCAUACGAAAUCAACAGAAUUCUUUAUUCAAAAUCAUCUAGAUAUGUCAAUGUUUGCUUCUCAAGAAAUGGUAUGCUUUCCAUCAUAUUUAAAAUAUCAACUGAAAUCAGUUGUAAUAAGUACUGAUGAUAAAGAAAAUAAUCGUCAUUAUUAUACAUUUGCGAAAUAUGGUGAACAGUUUUACCGUUGUGAUGACAAGUUAAUUGAACCAGUUGAUAAGUCGGUGGUAUUCGAAAGAAAAUAUUCAAUUUCAAUUGCUAUGUACAUGCGUGAAAAAAACAAUCAUGUCAAUUUUGCUGAAACCAUUCGUCAAAUCUUAUCUGAAACAGAAAAUAUUAAUUUAUGUGAUCUGGCAUAUAAUACACAUAUUAAAAUGAUGUUCGAUGCUGCACUGGAAUAUGUUGUUGGUAAUACCAAACUAUUAUCUUGGUGUUAUGGUUCAGUUUAUAAAUGUUUACAAUGUAAAGAGGAAAAUCAUCUAUUUGGUAGUGAUUGUAUUUUGUUUUCAAGUGACGAGCACAUAUCGAAAGAGGAAGAAAUAUCUCUGGAUGAUACAUUGAUCCAGCCACGACUUACUCCAAAAAUUCGAUGUAAGAACCAAUGUGAAGGAUAUACUUUUACAAAAGAAGCACGUUAUUCAAUACUUGCUAUACCGCAGUUUGUUUUUGUUACUCUUACAACUAAUUCGAUACAGAAUAAGACAAAUACAACAACGACUAAUACUUAUAACACAAAUAUUCAUGAGCAAAUUUAUAUCAAGUGCGAUUUAAAACAAAACAGCUUUACAUAUAAUUUAUAUUGUUUUAUCGUUGUCACCAAAGAUGAACGAACUUUACUUGUGAAAUGUAUGGGAAACAAUCAAUACUCUGUAUACAACACCGAUACAAAAGGUUACGAAUCCCUUGCAAAUUAUCAAUUCGAUGAUUUUGUUGCAGCAUCAGCUGCUAAUAUUGUACUUUGUUAUGAAGCCAAAGAUACUAUUGAUCUUAAUGUGACGUUGACACCUACAACACUUGAUAUCAGUGAAUGGACAAUAAUGCCAAGUUUCGACUUCAAUAGUUCGGCUGCUCGUUUUGAAAAAUACACGUCUUCGUUUAAUCAGCCACUCAAAAUUGGUCGAUAUCAAUUAGAAUUAACUGAUGUUGCUGAACUCAUAAAACCAACACACGAAUUAAAUGAUAAACAAUUAAAUGCUCACUUGUAUGUAACAACUACACUUUCGAAUGACAUUCUUUUAUUCGAUUCAAUUCUGUUUACUCAAUACUCUCAUCGUGGAUUCAGAAAAAUUUCUGAAAUAUUAGAUAAUCAAUGGUUUAAAUUUAAUACUGUACUAGUUCCUGUGCAUCAUAUCAACCACUGGCUUUUAUAUAUCAUUGACGUUACAAACCAAACAAUUCUUCGUUUUGAUUCAUUACCAUCGACAUCAACACCUUAUGAAAAAUAUGAAAAAACAAUUAUUCAACUCAUCCGAACACAUUACUUCUACACACACAACAAGAAAUUUAACAUUUCGAAAUGGAAACUUGUAUCCCAUGCCGAUGUAAACAAGCAGGAUGACAAAACAUCGUGUGGCAUUCGUUGCGGGCUUUUCGCACGAUCUUACGUUACUCGAACCCAACACGAAAAAAUCAAAAAAACAAAUAUUCGUAAUUAUCGUAUGCAAUUCGCACUUCAACUGCUCGAUUACAAAAAACAAUGAACAGUACCAAACUUCUUUUUUAUCUCUUAAAUUCAAACUUUUGUAGUUCAUUAUUGUCAUUCAAUGUUUUUAUUCAAUAGAUAGUUUCAAGUAAACAGGCAAAAAUUAAAACCAAAGAAACUUGCACCUCAACAGAACUAUUCAUUUAAACAUUAUUAAACAAUUGUAGGUAAUUACCCGCACAAAUCUUUUGUCUUCAUCAUAGUUGAGAUGUUGGUACUCAUAUAUCCUAUUAGAUAAUGUAUAUUUGUGCGACUUUUGCACUGAACUUUUCACAAUGAGAACUUCCAAUUCUAUACGAACUCAUCAAGAUC